CACGCCUCUAAAUUAGUAGACAUGACGCGUCCUUUCCAAGGUUCUUUGACAUCAAGUCAAGUUUAACAUUGCAUAAUCUUGCCUGUUGUUUACGUGCUUUUUUAUGGUAAUUUUCGGAUUUUAUUGAAAAUUUACAAUGUGCUUGCUGUUGAAUUCAUAACAUGUUGCGUAUUCAAAAUUUGUGCUCCUCUCAGCAUAAAUACCUAGUCUUCAUUCGAAAGUUGACAACCACAGAAGUGUCAACUGCUCUGCGACCAUUCUACUUUUCAGUUCAUCCAGAUCUAUUUGGCCAGUAUCCUAGUGAAAGAGCAGUAAAUGAAUCUUCUCUACAAAAAUUAAGUUCUGCCUUGGCAAAUCUGCAAGAUUGUAAACCUGUUAAGCCCGUGCUUCUAACUUUUUACCUCAAAGAUAAAACAAGCAGCAAAGUUGCCUUCCAUGAGAUUAAAAUUCACUUGAUAGAACGAGAUAUUAAGGCAGCAAUAGCAAAAAUCCUCAAAAGCUGUAACUUACCUACUGAUUACAUUGAUAGCAUAGUAACCCCUGCAACUGAACCACCCGAAUCAACAAUAAGAUAUAAAAAUGACAUUGAUUUCACCAAAGCAGAUGAACACCAUCCAAUAUAUGCCCAUAUCAUAAUGCAGAGGAAAAUUAAAGAAGCCAGGGACGCCUUGAGACUGUUAAAUUGGUUGAAGAUCAACCACACAAUUGCUCUAGAUAAAUACCAACAAGGUCAAGAAUACAGAAAAGAAAUUGCAAGGUUGAGAGAAGAAAUUAGAAAAGAUUUGGAGCUUUUUGAUAUCAGGUGGGAGUGUGGAUGGAAUGAUACACACUUUAGGGGAUGCCUACUCAGUUUUAAGUCACUUGUGGAUCAUCAUCCGAGUAUAAGAUGCCAUUUAAAAGGCCGAAUACUGGUGUUCUCGUUUUUCACAGGAGUGAGUUUGGAUGGCCAUAUCAUGCUGUAUAGUGGAGAAGUUAGGCACAAUUGGUUAGAUUUCCUGAAGAAUAUCAAAAGAUAUGACCUGGCUCUGACCCGUAUUCCGGCAUUUGAAAAAUCAUUAUCUCAUGUAUUAAGAAACAUCAAAGUUGGAAGAAGAAAAUUUAUGCCGAAAAUUGUAGCAGAAGCAUAUGAGGAAAACUUACGACAAAUCACUACAUCUCUGAGUGACUAUAUGGGUUCCAGGUCAUAUCCAAAAGAAUGGCCUGAAAGUUUAGAAGAUUUUGAAAUUGUUGUCGAAACCGAUUCUGGUCCAGUGAUGGUGUCACCAACUGGUCAAUUUAUUGUGCCUUCUUCAAUACUUGGGACUAUGUUGGUCAGUUUCAUAACGAAACAUUUGAGCGAGGCCAGGCAGAAAAACCAGGAGUAUCAAAGGAACAAACAUUUGGAACGAGAUUUAAUUGCUGAAUGUUUGAAAGAGCUGGAACUUGCAGAUUUACAAAAGGAAGAUAACAUCACGCCAGAUCUGAUGAUAAAAUGUUGCCAAAGGUUACUGCUGAACAAAAAUGUACUGAAAGAUCUUACAAAAGAGCUUUGUAUCAAUAUAUCAACGUACUAUUCUGUACUAUCUGAUGGAGUAGUUUGUAUACCUUGGAAUUUUGAACUGUGAUAAGUUAAUGUAGAUUUUAAGGUUAAAGCUAAUAAUAUGGAUAAAAAUCAGUUUGAUGCACUGAGUUACCAGCUGUAUUAUCAAUAUUUUGCUAUUUUUGAAAUAAAUUAUAUUUACAA